GGCUGGGCUAGAACUUGAGAUCCUCCUGUCUCAUCCUCGAAGAGUGCUGGGAUUACAGGCAUGCACCACCAUAUAUGGCUGCACUUGGUGCUUUUUAACAAGGAGAUCACCUGUCUGACAGGUGGAGACCGCAGACCAUCCAGGCGGCUCACCAGUGCGGAGGAAGCAUCCAGAGCUAUGGGAACAGGGUUGCGCAGCCGCUCCUUUCGAGGACCCCGGUCCUCCUAUGGGAAGCUCCAGGAGGGACAACUCCGGCGGACACUGAGCCUCCGGCAGGGCCGUGAGAAAUGCAGGUCCCAGGCCCUAGAUGGAGGCCCAGAAGGGCUGGAGGCCCCUGCUGAGGAGAGGCUGCCCACGAGCCUGGGAGACACAGAGCAGCUGAUCCAAGCCCAGCGAGGAGCAGGCAGCCGGCAGUGGCUGAAGCAGUACCAGCAGCAGGUGCGGAGAAGGUGGGAGAGCUUUGUCGCCAGCUUCCCCCGUGUGACCUUGAGUCAGUCAGCCUCCCCGGAUCCCCUGCUGGACGCCACUAGCUAACAGUGCUGGAGGAUGGUGGCCCUGUGCUGACUCGGCCUCUUUGCGGCUCUUCUGGACUAUGGACUGCUCCAGCCUGUGUCAUGUGGCCCGAGGGGGCCCCUCGCCAGUUCACUGGGAGCCCCUUGUGGCUGCCCCAGGCCCUGGCCCUCUCACUCCAAAGCUGGCUCUCCAUGAAGACCCCAGUGGACCUGAGGAGAAGGGGUUAGCUCUGUGCCCUUUGGGCUGAGAGCCCCCAGCACUAUGACGUACAUGAAUAGGUCUUAGGAGCCUGCCCAGAAGUGAGGGUGUCAAUGCCCCCAGCCUCACACAAGACCCCACAAAUCAGUCACCCACUUCCAAGACAGAGCUGGAGGAAGCCAAGACAUGUGGCUGAGAUGCUCUUGGAUGGACAUCACUUGGUCACAGAGCCUCCACCUGCUGCUGGUCAGCAGCUAGUGAGGGGCCAGGACACGGGUCCUCUCCCAGACAGUAAGUCCUCACAGGCAAAGACCACGUCUGGGAGGCCCUCAGCGCUGGGCACCCUCUGGCCAAAAGGCUCAGCCUGUUUGUUGCUGCCUUCAGGCCUCAAAGUAUCCCAAUGAAGGAAGCAAGGGGAACAUUCCUUCUACAUGUGACAGAGGGGAAACUGAGGCCCAGGGGUGGAAGGAAUCUGUUAUUUUUGCCAUUUCUUACCCCACCUACCCACAUCAGUGCCCAAUAUCGGGGCUAAACACGGGAAUAAAGAUAUGUUGCA